GGGGCGACCUCCCCCCCGCGGGUGCGGCGGGGCGAGGGUCUGGUGGGGGCUGCCCCUCACAGCUGGCUCUUCGCCCGGUAGGAGGCUGUUAGCCCGUACCCGCCGCACCCCCCCCAUCCUAGCGCCCUUCUUCCGCCUGCUGCCUACCCCCCCCACCCCGGCCCCACCUGCUGCGGAGCCGCCCCGGGCCGCGAUGCUGCCGCCCAGGAGGCGGCCGGCCGCCCCAGCGGGGCCGGGGGCGCGGCAAGCGGGCUCCUCCACCCGGGGGCCGCGGCGGGCAUAAAGGGCCGGGGAAGGGGCGGCGCGGCACUGCGGUACCGGGGCGGCCGGUCGGCGGGUGAAUGCGGCAGAGGGGAGCGGCGGCAUCUGGCGGGAGCAGCUCCUCCCUCCCUCUGCCGCCGCCGCCUCCUCCUCCGCAGGCGGAUUCUGACAGAGUCUUUCCAGACGGCGGGAGCGCCGGUGGCGGGGCCCGGCCCUGCCCCAGCAUGGCUUUCCCUGGGGCGCUAGCUGAGAUGCCCAGACAGUUUCCAAAGCUGAACAUAUCUGAGGUUGAUGAGCAUGUGCGACUUCUAGCAGAGAAGGUAUUUGCUAAAGUUCUCCGAGAAGAAGACAGCAAAGAUGCCUUGUCACUAUUCACUGUGCCUGAAGACUGCCCUAUUGGGCAGAAAGAGGCCAAGGAAAGGGAACUGCAGAAGGAACUGGCAGAACAACAGUCUUUGGAAACAGCUAAAAGGAAGAAAAGUUUCAAGAUGAUUCGAUCCCAGUCUUUGUCAUUACAAAUUCCAUCUCAGGAAUGGAAAGCACCAUCAUCCAAUCCUGUUCUGUCUCCUGCAACACCAGUUCUUCCAAGUGCUUUUCUGCCAGUCCAAGUGCCAUAUGAUGUACCAGAGUUUCAGAGAGUUUCAAUUAGUGGGGACUACUGUGCGGGGGUUACAGUUGAUGAUUAUGAACAAGCUGCCAAAAGUCUGGUGAAAGCUCUUCUCAUCCGAGAAAAGUAUUCACGUCUUGCCUACCAUCGCUUCCCAAGAACAACAUCUCAGUAUCUGUGUAGCAUGCAAGAUGAAAAAUGGAAGGUUGAAGAUGAAGUGUAUCCAGAUUUCCAUUCACCCCCAGAAGAAAAUGAAGACCCUUACAAUCUUGAUGAUGCACCAGAUAAUCUGGAUUAUGUUAUCAAGAUAAAAGGUGGCAUUCCCUUUGUUUAUGAUAACAAAGAAAUGAUGGAACUCAAUGAGCCUCGGAGUCUGCCAUAUCCUGACCUGGAGACCUAUACCCUUGACCUGAGCCAUGUUCUUGCUCUAAUUGCAGAUGGUCCAACAAAAACAUAUUGCCAUCGGAGGCUUAACUUUUUAGAAUCUAAAUUUAGUUUACAUGAGAUGUUAAAUGAAAUGUCAGAAUUUAAAGAACUAAAGAGCAAUCCCCAUCGAGACUUUUAUAAUGUGAGAAAGGUUGAUACUCAUAUCCACGCUGCUGCUUGCAUGAACCAGAAGCACUUAUUGAGGUUUAUUAAGCACACGUAUCAAACGGAGCCUGACAGGAUUGUUGCAGAGAAAAAAGGCAAGAAGAUGACUUUAAAGCAAGUCUUUGAAAGCCUUCACAUGGACCCUUAUGACCUCACUGUAGACUCUUUAGAUGUCCAUGCAGGUCGUCAAACAUUUCAUCGAUUUGACAAAUUCAAUUCCAAGUACAAUCCAGUUGGUGCCAGUGAGCUGAGGGACUUGUAUUUGAAAACUGAGAACUACAUUGGUGGCGAAUAUUUCGCUCGUAUGGUCAAGGAAGUAGCCCGUGAACUAGAAGAAAGUAAGUACCAGUAUACAGAACCCCGCUUAUCCAUUUAUGGACGAUCUCCAGAUGAAUGGCUGAACUUGGCAAAAUGGUUCAUUAAGCAUAAAGUUUAUUCCCCUAAUAUGCGCUGGAUAAUUCAGGUUCCCAGAAUCUAUGACAUAUUUAGGUCAAAAAAUAUUCUGCCUAGUUUUGGGAAGAUGUUGGAGAACAUUUUUCUACCUUUGUUUGAAGCAACAGUCAAUCCCAAAGACCACAGAGAAUUGCACCUUUUCCUCAAAUACGUGACUGGCUUUGACAGUGUUGAUGAUGAAUCCAAACAUAGUGGCCAUAUGUUCUCUGACAAGAGCCUUAACCCUGACCUCUGGACCAGUGAGAAGAAUCCCCCGUAUAGCUAUUAUUUGUAUUAUAUGUACGUGAACAUCAUGUUGCUAAACAACCUGAGGAAGGAAAGAGGCAUGUGUACUUUUCUGUUUCGACCUCACUGUGGAGAAGCUGGGUCUAUCACACACCUUGUAUCUGCCUUUCUGACAGCAGACAACAUUUCUCAUGGAUUGCUCUUGAAGAAGAGUCCUGUCCUCCAGUAUCUUUAUUAUCUUGCACAAAUACCCAUUGCUAUGUCUCCACUCAGUAACAACAGCCUAUUCCUGGAGUACUCAAAAAAUCCACUACGGGAAUUCCUACAUAAGGGACUUCAUGUCUCUCUCUCCACGGAUGAUCCUAUGCAGUUUCAUUAUACAAAGGAAGCUCUCAUGGAAGAAUACGCUAUUGCAGCCCAGGUGUGGAAACUAAGUACCUGUGACUUGUGUGAAAUAGCAAGAAACAGCGUAUUACAGAGUGGAUUGUCAGAUAAGGAAAAACAGAAAUUCUUAGGGGUGAAUUACUGUAAAGAAGGGCCUGAGGGAAAUGACAUUCGAAAGACAAAUGUUGCACAGAUCCGGAUGGCCUUCAGGUACGAGACACUGUGCAAUGAACUUAGUUUCCUGUCUGAUGCUAUGAGAACAGAAGAGAUUUCUACUCUGUCGAAGUAGUACACACUCAAAGAAUCCAGAACGUUUAGCAGGAUAAGAUGCUGAUUAACAUUGAAUCAUCUGUCUUUGAUGCUACCAAGACAUAACUGAACAGUACAGAGAAAAAUAGAGUAUCUAUGGAAGGUAAACAGCGUUUGCUGUUAUCUUUUAUGGCAUUAUUCUCAUUGCAAAAAUUUCAGUUUCUACAACCAUUAGGCUUUGGAAGAUUGCUGUAAAUAUUAAAUGCAAACUCAGAAUCAUGUAAUAUUUUGUUUCAUGCUGCCUUCACUGUGCACUAUAUUGUAGUUUGGAAAACAACAGAGAAUAUUGAUAGCGCAUCUGUGAUUCGCACGCUAGGAUUCUGCAGAUGCUGACAGUCUACAUACACCUGGUUUUGUCCUGAUAGUUCAGUAGCAACCAUGGCAUUUAGCACUCGUAAGUUUAACCCUUUAUUCAUCAGCAGUUUGUAUGGGGUGCAUAAUUUUGCAGCUACCCUUUCAUUCUGGAAGGUGUUCUGACACAGUUUUUAUCUUAAUGUUUCAGCAGUUAUACUGGAAAAUAAGAAAAACCAAAAUCCUGUAGUCUUGCUUAAUGACUAAUUAAUUACUUCCUGUUGUCACGUAGGAUGUCUGUGAAAAACAGCAGAUUAAUGCUUUUUAAUCUCGUAAGUAGAAAACAUGGUGUCAAAAUCAUCACUAUUGUACAUUGUAAUAAUGAGUCUAAUUAUAUCAUGAAAACUUUGCCUUGAAAGUUGAGAACACUUUUUUUAUUGCUUUGUAAUGGGAAUAUGUGGAUAUGCUGGUUCAAAUUACUUGGAAAUUUAUGCAGAUAAUUUUGGUUGCAUGUAAAGAGAAAUUUUUUACUUGAACAAAGGAAGUGUUCUUAUGAAUCAGUGGUAGAAACUCCAGACCUGGGUUCUGGUCCUACUUCUGACAUAUUUUUACACAUUUGUGUUAGUUUGUAUUUUAGUCAAUUAGAGUUGAAUGAGAAAUCAAACUAUUUAUACAGAAGCAAGCCCACUUGAGAUAUGUCAUUUCAAAUCAUGUUAUGUUAAACUUUUUAUUUAUGACAGAGCAGAUAGUAAAAUGCAGCUACUGGAAUACGUAUCACUUUCCAUCUUUUUUUCUGCUUGAUCAUCCUUCUUAAGACACAUUCAGAAAGGAUUAAAGGUAAUAAUAUGAUAGCAUCUAUGUAUUGUACAUGCUGCAUGUUUCACACCAAAAGAGACCUGAGGCAAGGGGCAGCAGAGGAUGUUUGAUGCCUGUAAGUCCAACAUGACGUGUUAAUUUGAAGGCCCGUAGUCCCUAAGGUGGGGCUGGAGCCUGUGGUUAAAGACCUGCGUAUCUAAUAUAAUACAUAGAGAGGUAUCUCAGAACAGUAAUUCAGAAUUAAUGCAUAAAAAGCAAAUAAUGAAUACUGGCCGAUCAAGCCUCACUAGCCCUAGAACCCUGCAUGUUCUACUACAUCAGAUGUCUCGUGCCACUUGUACUUCUUAGGCCAGACCCUUCUUCUGGGGCUUGGACACCUGCAUCCUUCCCUUCAACAGCUGAUCAGGUCUCACUUUCCCUUGUAAAUGCAGCCAGAGGUAGCAGUGGUGACAUCACCAGUACCAAACAAAUCAUUAAUAGCAUAAAUGUAUAAAUGCGUUGAAGACACAUGCUCUCGCCUCAGGCUGUGGCAGUUCAAAGCAAUACCUACAAGGACACUUUUUUAAUGUACCUGUUGUCCUGAAUGGUGACUGCAGGGAAAUAGCACCAAAGUAAUGGAAGGAGGAAUUCCCUGUCACCUCCGACAGCUCUGCAGCCCUGUAAGAGCCCCAUAAGUGAGAUUAAACCUAAAGCAGCCUGGAAAUAAGGCCACUGCGAGGGAGACCGAGGCACAGGAGUUCUGCCCAUCCAGGUUCCAUUACGGGCAGCCAGUGUCACACACAGGGAGCUGCAGUCGUUGCACACGUUCUUCAUCCAGAAUAUGGCUGCAGGCCGGGUGGGAGACCUGACUUGAGCUCUUCAGUGACCUAGCCUAAUGUCUGCAGUGUUCAACUAGUGCCAGAUUUUGUAUUCCUUGUGCAGCUAAAAAGUGUGUGAAACUGUGCUACGCUGAUCAACUGUAUAAUAAAAUUGUCCAAAGUUCUUAGUCAACAAUGCCUGUUGGCCUCACUGUUAGAAACUUUAGCAGCUCAUGUAAUGCAUUGUCAGAACUGGCGACUGUAAUUUUCUUAGGAUGAAGUCUGAAAACUGGUUCAAGCAUUUUAGCUGCAUAAAAUGCAGACGUCUUGUUUUCAUUAGUACAGCUUACUAAUAAAUGGUUAUCAGCAUAACAUUGUUUACCUGAGAAAAGCAUCUGCAUCCAGGCUAAAUAAAGAACAUGCUUGGUUUGAAGAAUUUAAAUUGUAAGUGUUGUUUUCUGAUAAACGUUGCUUUACUUGGGUUGUUUCACCUGAACAGUGCUAUUAGUGCUGCUUUUGCUGUCACUUAGAUUUAUUUUGUUUUCUUUACGUUAUACCAAAUUCAUGUAUGUUUCAUACCUUUUAAGCUUUCUUUACCUCAAACACAUCAGGUUCUAAUAAGUCUGUAAGCUGUAUUAAAGAAAAAAACAAAAACAAAACUGGAUUUGAGUAGUCAGUUAAUGGACAGUAAUCAGGAUUUUGACAACAAUAAUAACAACAUACAAGUGGCCAUGACCACAAGUUCUGCUCUCUGUGCUUCCUUCUGUGCUGCUUUUCAGGAUAAAUUGGGCUAAUAGCACUAUAAUUUAGGGAGACAAACCAACAUCCUCUCAGGCUUCCACCAUGACAUCUCUUUUGGUCAUCUUUUAAUUAGGCAAAAGUUAUUCUCAAGUUCAGUUCAACUUCAGCUUCUUUUCUUUUUUAAAGUUGCACUUUGGUUCUAAUGUAUGAUGGCUGUUCAAAAGAACCUUGCGGUCUCGGGCCAUGUAUGUAAUGAAGGGCAGAGCCAGCGUUGACGUGCUGCUGACACCCGCGUUACUGUUGUGCACAACAAUCAAAUGCAAGACAAGGCAGUUGCCGAUUCCCUCCCCCCCACCCUCCCUGUGUUGAGAUCAAACCUCAGCUUGUGUUUUACUCAAGCGGAAAAGGACUAGAACAUCACUGUAGGUGGUGAUUGGGGCAGCUGUUGCUUCAGAAUGGGAGAAUAUCCUAUUUUCUCAUCAUUUCAUUGGUGUUAAGGUCCAAGCAUUAUUCAGGACUUUCUUAAAUCUGUUAGAGCAUUUUAUUUCACCUAAAAUGGUUAAUUAUGGUUAUUUUAUGUCUACAACGUACCUCUCUGAACAAUUUCUAGUGAUGCUCUUGCAUGCUGUUCUGUUAUUUUAGCAAACUUAAGGCAAUACAAUUUUUUUCUCGCCCCAGAGACACCUUAUCUUCUUAUAUCAUUGUUCUUUACUUGUGGCUAAACCUUUCUGUUCUAUUUGCCUAGUUAAAAUCUAAGUCUGAAAAAGGUGGGUUGGAGGGAGAGAUGUCUGUAAAAACUGCUUUUUCUUUCUGUGCCUGGAUUAAAUAAUGUUUAUCUUUUGCCUCUGGUGGAAGCACUAAACAUUACACUAAUAAAUAAAUUAUAAAAGAAUAUGGUUAGGGUUUUUUUGUGUGUAUACCUCUUAUUAAAAUUGUUAACUGUUCAGAAUCUCCACAUUUAAGUAGAACUGAAAACCUAUGCAAUUAAACUGUUAGCAGUACAGAAGCCUAAACCAAAAUUAAGGACUACCACAGCCUGAAAACUGAGGAAAAACCCCAGUGGAGAUAGAGAAGAUAAUAAGCAAGAGAAGGAGCUAAAAGCUUAGCCGACUUCAAGGAAUUCAGUGUUAAUGAAAACCAACUGUUCCGAUUUGUGCCAACAGAGGACCUGCCAUUACGUCCUCAAGUGAAAUUGUACUGCAGGGCUGCCCCCGCUCUCUCCUGGUGCCCUGGCUCCCUGCUCAUCCACACUGGGCAUCAGGGUAGGGCAUGCAGCCCCUCUUCCUCAUCCUGGAGCCACAGCUUGAUAUUAAACUGAGAGUCAAAACACCUGAGCAGGUGGGAGUGUGGAGGGAGCAGGAAAGCAGUUCUGACACUUACAGAUGAAACAAUUUAAGCAGGACACAGAACAGCUUUAUCUGACAAGAACACAACUAAGGCAGCAACAAGUGACAAAUUGAAAUAGUUACGAUCAACAUAGACAUUCUGCUACAGUCAGCAUGAGUUUUGAGGAAAAAAGAAGUUUAACACAAAUUACUUUCUUCAGUAGGAAAUGUAAUGAAGACUUUUAGAUGAAGAUUAAAAUGUCUGUCUCUGUACACAAACCCUUUAUUUCUGUACAGGAGCAGCACUCAUGGAGCACAAGAGUACGGAUUAAUCUGUACCUGAAGAACAUGUAUUUCUCACCCAUACCUCUCAAAGCACUACAGACCAAUGUUAAGCAGCACAGAGAAUAAUGUAUGUGACAGUGAGACACCAGCACUGCUAAUUCAUUAACUGUGACUAACGGGUACCAUCUCAAAAAAUAUUUUUUGGAAGGUCUAUUAAAGUGGGCUGGAAC